AUGAGUGUGGAGGACUUGGCAUCUCGUCUUAGGAACGAGAGGAAUAUCUCUGAGGUUAGGAAGGUCCAUUCUUUGAUCAGAAAAAACGAGAAACACGGUAAAAAUAUCUACCUCGCGAAUUUACUCUUACAAAUGUAUGGUAAAUGCGGGAGCUUGGGAGAUGCCAAGGAGGUCUUUAGAGAGAUUGAGCAUCCAAAUUCUUACAGUUGGAAUCUUUUUAUCGCUGCUUACCUACAUGCCAAUGAUUUAAAAGGAGCUAAAUAUUCCUUUGAUAAGAUGCCUGAGAGGGACGUGGUAACAUGGACUACCUUGAUCCAGGCAUAUUCCAAAGCUGGGCAUCUGCAGCAGGCAAAGAUUCUCUAUGAAAAGAUGCCGGAAUGGAAUCUGGUGUGCUCGACGGCCAUGGUCCAAGCGUACGGAAGCGCUGGUCACGUCAACGAGGCAAGAGAAAUCUUUGACUGUAUGAAAGAGAGGGACACAGUGGCAUGGAACGCGAUUCUUUUGGCCUAUUCUCAGAGCGGGGACGUGCCAACGGCCAAGAUGAUCUUCGAUCGCAUGCCCCGGUGGGACAUUCCGGCAUGGAAUACCAUGAUCCAGAUGUACGGGCGACACUCUUCCGGGGAAUUGGCGACGAGAUUGUUUGACCAGAUGCCGUUGAGGAGCCUUCACACGUGGACGGUCGUGAUACGUGCCUGUGUAGAGAGCGGGCUUACAAAAGAGGCGACGAGAUUGUUUGAUCGCGUUCCGGAAUGGAAUGUGGUGCUGGCAACGGUGGCGAUGCAAAUGUAUUCCGGAAUGAGCGACCUCGUUGGCGUAAGGAGAACGUUUAUUGGAUCGCUUGAGCGCGACAUUGUUGCUUGGAACACACUAAUCUCAGCUUUAGUUUUUAAUGGGCAUUGCCAGGAAGCUCUCGAAUUCUUUCCAAAGAUGCCAGAAUGGAGCAUUGUUUCGUGGAAUCUAAGAUUGAAUUGCUACGCUCAGGUCUACGGCGUGGAUCAAGCCAAGAGGAUAUUUGACGCAAUGCCCGCCCAGGAUAUUACGUCGUGGAAUCUCAUGGCAACGGCCUACGCACGCACGAUGCAGCUGGAUCGAGCGGUCGAGAUCUUGAAGAAAAUUCCGGCUCGCAAUAUGGCGUCAUGGAAUCUAACGGUGGCGGCGCACGCGGGGAAAGGAGACUUCUAUUCCGCGGUGGAAUGUUUCUCUUCCAUGCCGGAAUGGGAUCUGGUGUCGCUCAACACGAUGAUCGCAAUCCAUGCGCAGAAGCUGGAUCUCCAGAGCGCGAGAGAUCUGUUUGAUUGCAUGCCCAAGCGGGAUCUCGUGACAUGGAACACGAUGAUCCACGCGAAUGCGGUGGCAAAUCGCAUGGAAGACGCCCAAUUCCUCUUCGAUUUUAUGCCGGAGCGCGACGCCUCGUCGUGGAACAUCAUGAUCGGCGGCUACGCGGCGGUGUUCCAGAUCGAGAUCUGCCAGGAGCUGUUCAACGCCAUGCCGGAUCGAAGCCCUCUUUCCUGGAGCAAGAUGAUCGCCGCGCUCGCCCAAAAUGGAGAGAUUCCGUCGCGAGUGGAGAGGAUGCUGGAGACGAUGGAGACGCCCUGGGCAUCCGGGAAUUCCAUCGAGAUUAUGGCUAUCCAUGGGGUUCUUCCCCAUGGCGCCGCGAUGCUCAGCGUCUUGAAAUCCUGUGCCCACUCAGGAUCCCUCCCCGGCGCCUGGAAGAGAUUCCUAUCCAUGGCUGCGGAUCGCGAUAUCCCGCCGUCAAGGGAGCACUACUGCGCGAUGAUCCACAUUCUAGCAUCGGCCGGGCAGCUCGACGAGGCCCAUCGAUUGAUCAACUCCAUGCCCUAUUCCUCCGACUAUGAAUCACUCGCCGCGAUGCUUGGCGCCUGUAAGCUACAUCAGGAUGUGGGCCGCGGCAUGGAGAUCGCGGACCAGAUCCUCGAUUCCGAGGAGAUCUCGAUGAAAAGCAGCGGCGCGUGCUUGACGAUGGUAAACAAUCUGCUUCUCUCCCAAGAACCCUAA